AAAUGGCUUCAUUGGCAAUUUGUGAUCGAACGUCAAAAAAGAACGAACGACUGACAGUAACCGAUGUAAAUACGCAAGGAAAUGUAGCGGACUUGAAGGAAUUAGUGUCGGAGAAAAUCAACGUACCUCCUAAGGAUAUAGAGUUGGUAUACUGUGGACAAUGCCUUCAGGAUCAGAAAACUGUAGACUGUUAUGGUGUCAAGAGUGGCUCUACAGUUUAUGCCCUCCGCAAACAACAUCCAAAAGAAGAAACAGCGCCAAAAUCGCUGACAGAUGCAGACAUUAGGCACUUUAAAACAGUUUUACGUACAGCAUUAAUAAACCCAGCAUACCAAGCUACUGUGGAGAAACUAAUAGCAGACCCUCAUGAAUUGGAAUCCCUUAUGAACGAGAGCCCUGGAUUGGAGCAUGACCCAGUGGCACUAGCAAUGCUGUAUGACCCUGAAUUGUUGGCACUUCUCAUCAACCCAGUCAGCAUAAACAAUGUACUGGAGGCUCACCCUGCACUAGCACAGGCUGCUAUUAACGUGUCUGCCAAAGUCAGUGAGGAAGGAGGAAAGGCGACAAGUGCAAAUGGUGCUGGCUCAUCAGCAGGAACUUACUCUUUGGAUCAGAUGUCAGAUGAGGAAGACAACAUGGCUCCCUCUCAGCCGUCUGGCUCAGCUGCUGGAGGUCAGGGUAUCACAACAUCUCAGUUAGCAGCAGCGUUGUCAGCAGCUACAGGUGGUAUCUCAUCUCCCGGCACAAGCAGACAGAGCGAUUCUCAGUCUCGCAUCACGGCUGACUUCUUCCAGCAGGCUUUAUUACAGGCUCAGGGCGCUCAUGCCACACCCCCUGACCCUAACACAAUACAGGUACAGUUACAACAGCUGAGGGACAUGGGUAUCGCAGAUGAGGACGUGGCCAGGAGGGCGCUGCAAGCUACAGGAGGGGAUAUACAGAUGGCAUUAGACCUUAUCUUUGGGGAUGGAAACUUUUGAAUUCAUGCUAAUAACCAUAAAUGAUACAUGUCUUUGUUAAAGAAAAAGAGAAAAAAUGAAUUGUCUGUAUACUAGGAAGGUGACAUCAGAAAGGAUAUAAUAUGAACUAGUUGUAAGCUUUGGCCUUCUGACUCAAAUUUUGUCUUCAAGAAAAUCAGAUU